AUGGAGUUCCAUCUCGAACAUCCUCUCUCACACUCUUCUCUACACAACGACGACGCAGACGAUAAUACUUUACCACUUCCUCUCUUCCUCGUCGAAUUCCAACACAUGCCUUCUUCUCACUACUUCCUUACCCUCAAGUCCUCUGCUUCUCUUCUCUCUAAUCGAAACUUCGCCAUUUCUUCAAUCACUCAGUAUUCCAGAAAAUUCGACGACCCAUCUCUGACGUAUCUCGCGGUGAAUUAUCUAGACAGGUUCUUAUCCAGCGAAGAUAUGCCGCAGCAGCAAUCAAAGCACUGGGUUCUCAAGCUUAUCUCUCUUUCUUGUGUCUCUUUGUCUGCUAAAAUGAGAAAGCCUGAGACAUCUGUCUGUGAUCUUCAGGUGGAAGGGGAGAUGUUUGAUGCACAGACGAUAGAGAGAAUGGAGAAUGUGGUUUUAGGAGCUCUCAAAUGGCGAAUGCGCUCUGUUACUCCUUUCUCGUUCUUCUCCUUUUUCAUCAGUCUCUUUGACCUCAAAGAAGAAGAUCCUUCACUACUAAAACACUCCCUCAGAUCCCAAGCUACUGAUCUUACUUUCAACCUUCAACAUGAUAUCAAAUUCCUCGAGUAUAAACCAUCGGUGAUUGCAGGAGCUGCACUUCUCUUUAAUUCAUCUGAGCUCUGUCCUCUACAGUUUCAAUGUUUCAGUAAUAGAAUCUGCCAAUGCACAUAUGUAAAUAAGGAGGAGUUAAUGGAGUGUUACAAAGCGAUACAAGAGAGAGAUGCUAUUGGAGUUGAAGAAAACGAAGGAAGCAGUGAAACAGCAGUAAAUGUGCUUGACCACCAAUUCUCGAGCUGUGGAGAAAGCGAAAAGAGCAUCACAAUCACAGCUGCUUCUUCACCUAAGAGGAGGAAAACAAGUACUCGUCGCUGUUAA